AAUUCAAUUAUUUUUCCUCUCUUUUGGAGAAAGUCCUCCCUUCCUCUUUACUCAACAUUCAUUCAUUUAUACCAUUCCAUAAUUAUCAUUAUUUUCCUUUGUUAUGAUCACAUAUUAUUCUAGCUAGGAGUUUUUAUUUUCAUAUAUGGGGGCUACUAUUUCUGGCUUGGUGGAUCAUGAAAAAUUAACAAGUAGUAAUAUUGGUCCUUUAGAGACUGGACUUGGAGACUUGCCAGAAAACUGCAUAGCUUUGGUCCUUACACAUCUCGACCCAAUUGAGAUCUGUAAAAUUAGUCGAGUCAGUAGGACAUUCCAUCAAGCUUCAUUGACUGAUCUAGUCUGGGAUACAAAAUUGCCUCAAAAUUAUCAGAUUCUUCUCAGAAAUUACAAAAAUUUAUGGUCAAACGCUAGCGAAGACUCGUGUAGUUUGACAAAGAAAGAGAUAUUUGUCAGAUUGUGUCGUCCGAAUCACUUUGGGAGUAGCAAUUACAAGGCAUUUUGGAUGGAAAAAAAUGGAGGAAUAUGUGUUUGUAUAUCGUGGAAGGAAAUGAAGAUAACAGGCAUAGAAGACCGCAGAUAUUGGACUCAUGUUUCAUCUGAUGAAUCAAGGUUCAACACAUUCGCAUUUCUCAAACAAAUAUGGUGGGUGGAAGUGGAAGGGAACUUAGAAUUCGAAUUCCCAGCGGGGAACUACAGCGUGUUCUUUCGUCUUCAGCUGGGAAAAACGUCGAGAAGACUAGGGCGACGAAUCUGCACGGUUGAUCAAGUGCACGGGUGGAAUAUCAAACCCGUCCAAUUUCAACUAUCAACAUCAAACGGCCAGCAGGCAAGUGCACAAUAUUACUUGAAUGAGGCAGGAAAGUGGAUAAACUAUUAUGUUGGAGACUUUGUUGUGGACAGCAUGACAACAAAGUUAAAGUUCUCAAUGACUCAAAUUGAUUGCACUCAUACUAAAGGUGGUCUUUGCUUAGACUCUGUGCUCAUUAUCCCUGCUCACAUUGGACCAAAGUAUGUUAACUUUUUAAAUUGUACAUAGCGGAGUUUGACUUAGUGAUUAAUGAAAUGUACAUAAGGAUUUAAGUUUAAGUAGGGCAAAGAUUGUUGGUUAAACUUUAGUGGACAUACCUAUUAGUAAUUGAAGCAAGUAAAGAUAGAUUCAAAAUAUAAACUAAUGUGUUCAAUUUUUAUUAUUUUCAACAUUGAAUCUAUAAUGUUGAAAAUUGCUUGG